AUAACAAAAUACUUAUAAAAAGAAUAGGUAGGGCCAAAACAUGUUGAGAAAUUUCCUUUUUAGUACUGCGAUUAUUGUGACACGGUAAUCAAAUGGAACUCUCUAACACAGUGAGUGUCAUAAACAAGGGUUCUUCUUCUGUUUCCUCAAACAAUAUGGGUUCUUUUCCAAGUCCAGGAGCACCGUAUUACAGAGAGAGAACAAGAAGGUAUGAGAACAACAAGGGAUGGAGCUCAGAGAGAGUAUCAAAGCAAACAAACGACAACGGCAGUAGAAGACACACUAUGUCAGGUUUAACACCUUUCAGUGGUGGAAGAACAAUGCCAUCGAAAUGGGAUGAAGCUGAGAGAUGGAUUUGUAGUCCAGUUUCAGCAUCAUAUGCUGAUAGCAGAAGAAACUCACGUACACAACAAAAGCUUCAACAAAGAAGACCCAAGUCAAUAAGUGGUCCAAUUGUUCCUCCUCUGCCUCCUGGAGUGGCUUGUUACUCAAAUUAUUCGCCUUUGGCGCAACAACUGAGACAAGGUUUUGUUGUGAGGAAUUUAAUGGUUAGCUCACCUUUUUCAACAGGAGUGUUGGCACCUGUUGCUGUUUCUGUUCGCCAUUAUGAGGAACAUGAUGGAAAUGAGGAAAGUGAGAGAUCUCUUGUUCCAAGAUAUGAUAAAGGUACUCAAAUGAGUCCUACAGAAACUGAGAAUGAUGUAGAUUCAUCUCCGAAAUCUUCUGCCACUUCGGCCAUAGAUCAAGAAGAUUGCUAUUAUCCUAAACUAGAAGUCAGAGAUGUGGAGGUUGACAGUGAAGCUACUGUUAUGAGGGGAUCCAAGAGACAUGGAACCAAAUCGAUCAAAAAUGACUUAAUGCAUAGAUCAGAAUUGAGAGAGAAUAGUGUUCAAGUUUCAGAUUGGGAUAUUGAAGAAUCAACCUUGGACACUUCCAAGUUACGGAGAGAGGAAGCCAAAAUCGCUGCUUGGGAGAAUUUGCAGAAAGCAAAAGCUGAAGCUGCAAUGCGGAAACUCGAGAUGAAAUUGGAGAAGAAAAGAUCUUCAACGAUGGAUAAGAUUCUGAAAAAGCUUAGAAGGGCGCAGUUGAAAGCAGAAAGUAUGAGAAGCUUAGUACCUGUACAACAGGAACAUCACACUUCCAAGAUUUGCAAAGUAUUUUCAUUCCCUAAAUAUGUCCAGAUGAGGUCUCUAAGCAGCUGCUUCAGUAGCCAAACUCAGUGACCUAUUCGUUGUACAUGCCAUGAAAUCAUUGAGGUUUGUACCAGGUUAUAAAAGAAUACUCUGCAUUAUCUUAGUGCCCAUUGAUGUAAUUGGCAUGUGUUAGAAACCCCAACAAUACAUCAUUCUUUGUACCUAGUUGUGCUAUUUGUAUAUAUAAAGCUCAGUGAUUUAUGCGAUCAAAACUUUCUUUAAA